GGGUAAUGCUGGCGGGCCCCCAAUAGCUGUCCGUGGUUUCGCGCGAAGAGCCAUACUAGUAUGGUGAACACCGCCUCCCAUCUAGAGUCCAUCCGAGCCGCGCUCGCCACCGUCGCCGCUUCGGACGGAGCCGAGGCGCUCGCCGCGGCACGCGCAGGCUUGGCGGAGGCGCUGCACGGGUGCCUGCUUGAGGUGGCGCAGCAUGACGUCCCGGAGGAGCAGCGGCGACAGCUCGACGCUGCGCUUUGUGCAGAGACGACUGCGCUCCGCGGCGCGCUCUUCAAGGCGCUGCGCGUGUGCUCGCUGCACCGCGCUUUCCUCGGCCUGCCGCGGCUCCUCGAAGCCACCAGGCUGCUGCUCGCUGCAGCGCCCGCAAAGGGCGUGGCCACGUUCAUCGAGACCGACCUCUGCGCCGACAUCGACGCGAGCGCGAGCCUCCGAGACCUGGACUGCGCCCAGCAGGUCCUCGACGCGCUGCUGGGCGGGAGGCGCCUCAAGAAGGACCUCGGCGCCGACCUGCCCGCGUCGCACAAAAAGUCGGUGCGGACUGCACUCAACCGCGCUCGGCGGGCGCUCGGUGCGAUCGAGGCCGAGGCGCGCGUGCAGCAGGUUGCGGCGCACCGCGCCGCGCACCCGCCGGUGUACGAGAUGCCCGACACCGACUGCCGGCGGGAGGACGAGGAGCGCGAGGCGCGGAGGCGCGAGGCGCACUCGGCCGGUAUGGACGCGAUGUUUGCAGCGGCAAAGAUUGGGUGAUCAGGAAUUCUAGGUCGGUCGGAAUCC